AUGAAGUUGUCUCAUUUGAAUGCGAGAUCUUUGCAGCCCAAGUUGUGUGAGUUCAGGGAUAUUGUACAUAAUUCUCAGUACGACAUUGUGGGGGUGACUGAGACCUGGUUUGUUGAUGGGAUGGGAUCAGACGAUGUGUCGGUGCAGGGUUUUAGGCUAUAUCGCAGCGACAGGCUCGGGAGGGGUGGCGGAGUUUGUGUGUAUGUCAGAGAAUAUUUGAGGUGUGAGUUGGUUGAUUUGGAGGUGGAAACGGAGAGCCCCGUUGAGUACUUGUGGUUGAAGGUUCAUCUGUCUGGCUAUACAAUCAUCGUGGGAUUUCUUUAUCGACCACCUGAUAAAAAGAAGCGACCAUCUAAGUUGAGUCCUUUUAUUGACGACAUGAAUAAGAUGUUGAGUUUAGUUAGUCCUAUGGGAAGUUAUUUGUUUUGUUUGGGUGAUGUCAAUGUGGAUCUGUUGACUGGUAGAGGCCCGGUUGUUGAUUGUUUCUUUUCGUUUGGCCUUGAUCAGAUAAUAAGUGAGCCUACUAGAAUAACAUCACGUGGAGGUUCGUUGGUGGAUCCUAUUUUUGUUAGUUGCCCGAGUACAAUGAUCAAGUCUUCCGGUGUUGUUAACGUGGAUCACAUAAGUGAUCAUAGUCUUACAUUUGUUGAGGUAAAACUUCUGAGAGAGAAAAAAGUUUCCAGGUUAAUUAAAUACAGGGACUUCUCCAAUUUCGAUAAUGAUGUGUUUCUCGAGGACCUACAAAAUAAGAGGUGGAUUGAGUUUUUGUACGAGUCGAAUAUUGAUAAUAAGGUAGAAAUUUUCAACAGCUUUUUACUGAGCGUAUUUAAUAAGCAUGCUCCUGUUGUGACUAGAAGGGUUUCUCGUCCUAAGGCUCCGUGGAUUACUGACUUUAUAAGACAUCUGAUGGGAGAACGUGAUCGCGCCUUGAACAGGUUUAAGAACUUCCGGAGCGAUGACAUGUGGAAGGAAUAUAAGAACUUGAGAAAUAAGGUCCUUUUUGAGAUUCAUUUAGGUCGGGCUUAUCUGGAGAAUUAUCUGACCCAGAAGUAA